GCUGGUGUAUCGCACACACACACACCGACAGUUAUCUCUUUGCGUAACAAUAUUUCUAGUCUUCAGAAUCAAAAGAUUGUAAAUUCUGAUCGUGCAAAAUGAAUGUAAGACCCGUAAUUCGAUUGAAUUCACUGGCCAUUCGGGCGUUCAGCAAUGCAAAAUCCGGAGCUCCAACUACAGCAAACAAGGGUCCCAGUCAACCGUCGUUGAACGUAGCUGGACUGAGCGAAAGAUGUGUUAAAUCGAAUAGGGAACCAGUCGGGCCGGGCGCUUCGGCGACAGCUGAUUAUAAAGUUCCGGAAUACUUUUGCUACGACAAAACAAGCUACGCCGAAGCCGAAAUUGAAAUGGCCAAAUAUAGAUGUCCACAACCAUCGGCACUGAAGUGAGCACCGGAUGGUCCUUUGUCAUGCUACUAGUUUUGUUGAAUUGAUUUUACUUUGAAGAAAAAUUAGAAAAUUCAGAAGGUAAA